GAUCUCUGAUCGCAGAACGCUGGCUCCACUGCGAGCUUCAUCUGGAACAAUGCGCCGCCAGUCUGUCACUGCGCUGGAAUUCAGCGAGUUCCUGCUACGUCAGUACCUGCAUUCAAGCACCAGAAACAGCCUACCUUUCAGGGGAAAAACACAACAUGGCAGCUUUGCAUCAAACGGGCAUUCAUAAUUGAGUUCGGUAGGCGAGCUUAGUGUGAUAGUCGCACCCUGCAUCAAGCUCUGCUGGGAAAUAGCCUACUCAGUGAUCAUUUAUGCCAACCAUGACUUCACCUGUCAUUCUGUCGGUGCAGAAUGUCAGACAUCUCUUUUAGUUGUAUUUGUCGAGUGUGCAUAUUCUGUUUGACGCACUGUCUGUCUGUGCUUUGAUUGUAGAGCGUGUGCUGCCCGUCCUGCAUUUUUAAUGUGCAAAGUGUUUUUCACACUCUGUUCCUGCUCGUGCCGCAUUGGUAGAGUGUUUGUCGUGCCUUUGACAGACAGUCCCACCUGUGCUGCACUAGUCGAGUGCGUGGCGUGUGUUUAACAUGUUAUCCCUGAGUGCUGCGCUGCCCGGCCCAUUUUCCCACUGCUCAAAAGGUCAUAUUAAUUAUUCCCCAGGCAGAAAUGUCAGGAAUGUGAUUGUUUACAUAUCACCACCCGCUCCCAAAAAGCAUUCUCCUUUGCAAGUCAAGGUCCACUCAGACAGAACACUGUCGAAACGGUAAUGGCACAAAUAGAGGAGGCGGAACAGAACCAGAACAAGAGCGUAUUUAAAAGGGCUUUAAUUUCCAUUCAUCUGUUUCCUCGACAUCUUUCGCGGAUAAACGGAUUCCUCCGACUUUGCGUUGGACGUGCUUUUGCCACGAGACAACAUUACUGAAGGCGUUUUUUUUUUUUUACCUCUUAUGUCAAUCAAGACAAGUUGUGUGGUAUUUUCUCCCGAGGGGUUAGUGGUGUGAUGUCACCGAACUGGAAGUGUCGCUCCGCUGUGCCGCCGGCGUGACGUCCCUGUGCAUGCGCUGAUCUACGGCUCUUCGCACCGCGCACUGAAUCCCCAUUGGGCCCACUGUUCUGUGUGACUCAUGGCCACAGCCACCCAGACUCUGCCUUUGUCCUGCACUCCCAGCCGGCGUUUCAGAGACCCCUACCCCGCCCAACCCCCGCCUCUCCUGUCCCACUGCACCAUGGGAAGUGUAGGCAGUCUGGUGGAGAGGCCGGAGGUGAGCCCGGAGCGGCUGAAGAGCGGGCGGGCGGGGCCGCAGGCGGGCGCGCGGCAGCAGGACGGCCCGCUGAGGAAGGGCUUCACUCAGCGCGAGCUGCUCAACUACCUGAACAUCGCCAAGAAGGAGCAGAAGCCCGGCGGGAAGCACAUCAUCUCCUCCAUCUCCUCCAUCAAGAGGGAGCACGGCCGCGAGGAGGAGAACGUCUACAGCAAGGUCUACCACAAGGACGCCCGCGAGCUCGACCUGGGAAAGAACUCCCUGCCCAUCGGGGGCAAGUACGAGAAGUCUCGUUUCAGGCCCUCCGCCUUCAAGCCAGUCACCCCUAAGACCUUCAGCUCGGUGCAGAACCUCUACCCUUCCAAAAGUGAGGAUCUGGACUCGGGUCUGUCCAACGGGCUGCAGGUGACCUUCGCCAAGGUGGCCUCCGCGGGGGUCUCCACCUCCUCCUCCUCCUCCUCGCCCUCGCGCCACGCCGCGGGGGGCGUGGCCAAAGCCCCGUUGGCAGCGGCGAGGGGGCUGAGCCAGGAGGACGAGAGCAUGUCGGACUCGGGGCACAACUCCAUGAACAGCCUGCCCCCGUACCGGCCCCCCUUCCGCCCCCACCUGGGCCAGAUCAGCGCCUCCAUGGGCCACAUCGACCACAUCGGCUCCCUGGACCGCGCCUCCGCCUCCACCGCCACCGAGGGCUCCUGCCCCGGCGGCAUGCCGGCGCUGGGCCGCCUGCGGGUGUACGGCAGCGAGGCCCCGCCCCCUUACGAGCUGUCGCAGUCGCUGGAGGACGUGGUGCGGGACCUGGAGGACCGGCUCCUGGAGAAGGAGCACGAGCUGAAGCAGAUGAGGAGGAACCUGGACGAGAGCGAGGGAGCCAUCGCACAGGUGUUUGAGGGGAAGCAGAGGCUGUGGGAGAAGGAGGUGGAGGAGCUGAGGAGGUUGUACGCGGCCAAGCUGCGCCAGGUAUCCCAGCAUGCCCAGCGGUCGACGCGCUCGCUGCAGCUGCAGCUGUACAAGGUCCAGCAGGAGCGCCGCCGUCUCCAGGACGACCUGGAGGCCCUGCAGAACCGUACCCCCGGAGGCCACGCGCAGGAACCGCACCCACAACUGGAGGAGACGCAGUGGGAGGUGUGCCAGAAGUCGGGCGAGAUCUCCCUGCUGAAGCAGCAGGUGCGGGACGCCCAGGCCGAGGUGGCCCAGAAGCUGAGCGAGAUCUUCCACCUGAAGACCCAGCUGCGCGAGGCCCGGGGCGAGGGGCGGGCCAAGGACGCUCAGAUCCAGCUGCUGCAGCAGGCCCUGCAGGGGGAGGGGCCGGGGGGCGGGGCCGAGGCCAGGGGGACGGGGCCCGGGGGCGGGGCUGAGGAGCGCCUGAGGGCGGAGCUGCUGCUGGAGCGGCGGCAGAGCGAGGCACAGGCCUCCGCCUUCGAGGCGGAGCGACGCACCUGGCAGGCGGAGAAGGACAAGGUCAUCCGCUACCAGAAGGAGCUGCAGGCCAGCUACCUGGAUAUGUUCCACAGGAACCAAGCCCUGGAGAGGGAGCUGGCCGAGCUGAGGGGCGGGGCCGAGGGCGGGGAAGGAGGCGGGGCCGGGGACGGGGAGGCGGAGGGAGGAGACAGACUGCCCCCAGGCCUGCCCUGGAUUGAUAGGAUCGAGUCAUCCGAAAUCUGAUUGUGACCUCACAAGGCACACCAGAGCCAACCAAUCAGGACAUAAGGCCACUGUAUUCCUCUGUAUCCCCCAUCUCAUGAAGAGACUACCCCCAUUGAUGUCUGCAGCCUUUUUUAGUUGAAUAAUGAAUGCAGGACACUGUUGGUGUGGCUGUGUGCAUGAAGGUUUGUCCUGGAGGCACAUGCACAGUGCAGUGCACAGAACACAUGGAAACUGGUGUCCACAGGUAUGAACGGGAGGAGAUGCACGGGGGAUGAAGAUGAAUUUGGGCGAGUGAAUGACCCCGCUCACUCUCUGGCUGGGCUCUCCAGUGAUUCCUCUAACGAGCUGCCCAGCAGCAUUAAUCAUCCGUUUAUAUUUUAUGUUCUGAAGAUUUAAAAAAAUAAGCAAGGAGAAAUGUAAUUUUAAGCUAGCCUUAGUUAUGUAAGUAAGGGCUGUAUGAUGUUCUUGUUAUUUUGAUCUGUGAUUCACACAUUUGAGACUCUCCCGAGGAACCCUCUGAAGCUCGUAUUCACUGGGAUUCUUUUCGGCCUAUUAGAUCCGAGUGAAAUGUGUUUAGCGGCGUUGCUUUAUUAAAUAAUAUCUGGAUGUUGUUCAUGUUGUGUACCUGUGAAGCUCAGGCUCCAGAUAAUGCCACUGCUGGUCUGUAAGGAACUGCUGUGUGCUUCAGCUUUAAAUUCUAAAAAUACCUGCACUCACUCCUCUGCUCUCACCCUCUCAUACCUCACCCUGUCAUACCUGUUUCCUCUCAUACCUCACCCUGUCAUGUCUCUUUUAGAGGGAGCAUGUAGGGGAUAUUGAGGGGACAUGUGGAGGGAUUGUAGAGUGAUUCUGUAACGGUUAUGCAGGGAGGGUAUAGUGAGGUUGAGUGAUGCAGGGAGGGUGUAGUGAUUGAGUGAUGCAGGGAGGGUGUAGGGUGUAGUGAGUGAGUGAUGCAGGGAGGGUGUAGUGAGUGAGUGAUGCAGGGAGGGUGUAGGGUGUAGUGAGUGAGUGAUACAGGGAGGGUGUAGGGUGUAGUGAGUGAGUGAUGCAGGGAGGGUGUAGUGAGUGAGUGAUGCAGGGAGGGUGUAGUGAUUGAGUGAUGCAGGGAGGGUGUAGUGAGUGAGUGAUGCAGGGAGGGUGUAGUGAGUGAUUGAGAGAUGCAGGGAGUGUGUAGGGUGUAGUGAGUGAGUGAUGCAGGGAGGGUGUAGUGAACGAGAGAUGCAGGGAGUGUGUAGGGUGUACUGGGGGGACACAGGGAGUGCAUAGGGCACAGUAAAGGGCACACGGGGAAAGCGUAGAGCUUGGUGAUGGUGGCACAAGUAGGGCAUAGCGAGGGCACAAAGCGUGGGCAUCAGAGUGGCACAUAGGUAGAAAGCAUCGACCCAGGCUGCUUAAUGUCCUGAUUGACCCUGCAGUCCGUAGAGUAAUUAUACUGUGACUACUGAAAACAAUCCUACAAGUGUAUCAUAUGUUCAUUAAUCCAAUAUUUCGAUUGAUAAGUAUUUAUACAUUUGUGUACAGGAAACGGAUUUAUUCCUUUCGUUUCUGCCUUUAUUUGAAUAUUAUUAUUUUUUAUACGUGUGUUUUGGGGUUAAAUUUUCCGCAGGUUUUCCGGAUGGGGAACUUCUGCAAAGGGAGUUUUUCUUCUGCUGGAUUCGGUGUCUUUAGCAGCCUCUUUCUCCUUUUCGUUGCUCCCGUUGUGAAAUGGCCCCUCAUUAAUAAUUGAAGGUAUUUGGUGUGGAAUGCACUUUGCAUAUGCUCUGUGGAUCUCUACACAAUCAUACACACACACACACACACACAUUCACACAUACACCGACCCACACACACACAUACACACACACGCACACACACCGACCCACACACACACACACACACACACACACACUCACUCACAAACACAUUAGCAUCUGUAAAGGAGUCUUUUCCCUGAUCCACUUUCCUGGGGGUCGGAGCUGUUCUGUCUGCGGGCCGUGAAGGAGCUGAACGACACAGAGGACACUCUCGAACCUGGAACUCGUACCGAAAACGAACCUUUGUCAGCCUCGGGGAGGGGGGCCUGACCGCAUACGGUGACUGCGGCCGGAGUGGGUGGUGUUCGCCCUCUUCAGUGGAGGCGGAAGGGCGGACGAACGAAUUAACAAAAUGAAUGAGUGAGUAAACGAAUGCAUGGCCAGGCUACCGCAAGGUAUUUACGCUGAGCUGAAAGCCACUUCUUCCUGGACCUGGACUCCAUUCUUUGGUCGCAUGUAUGAACACGAAACCGCGCUAUUGUGACAAUCUACAAAGAAAUAAAUUAACCGACAAAACAA